AAUAGGGGGCGGUCGGCGGGAGCCUGUCCUGCCUCUGCAGCUCCGCCAUUAAACCACCGAGGAACAAGAGGAGGAGGAAACCUUGGGGAGGGAGGUGGGAAAAGAAAGAAAGUCUGGUAGCAGGGGAAGGGGAGCGGGUCCAGGGAGCAGCAACUUCCCGCUUUCCUUACUCCAGCGAGCCCUACAGAGAGGGUAUCCCGAAAGCCCCGGGCUGCCGCUGCCGCAGCCCCCCCCCUCCCCAGCAGUGGAGUUGAUCGCCCGAAGAAGUGAGUUGGGGCGAGGAAAAGGUGAAAGUCACACCUGUCUCCUCGUCGUUUCCGGGAUUAUGGGGGGCGCUCGGUGUUGAUGGUCAGGCCCGGAGCACCACGUGGCUGCAGGCGAGAGGGGGAGGUUGGAGCAGGGCUGGCUUCUUAACCCGCACUCAACCUCAGUUCCCCCAUCUGCAGUAUAGGGGAAUAAAAGAACGUGGGACUCGGGUGCAACAAGGUGGUACCCAGCAGCAACUCUCGGUACUCGCCAAAGGACUGCAGAAGACUACCCUGCCUGUUGCUUAGAUAAGGAAGAAACCUCUCCUUUCAACUCAGGAAUAUGCCCAGGGAAUGAUUUUGGCCUGGCGGGGUCCUGUGAAAAUUGCAGCUCUUCUUCUCCCCUCCAGCAAAUCUUAUCAGACCUGAACCUUCCUCUUGGAGUGCUCCUUGGUCCAACCAAGAAGGCAGAAGUUGGGUAUCUCCUCCUCUGUGUUUCCAGCAAUAACACGAGUUUGAGAAUAACUCUUUAUCCUGGAAUCAACCUGCCAGAAGAGUUAUUGCUAGCGCUAUAGCUCAAGAUUUGAAGUGCAUUGCUGGCGAAGAAGAUGAUAGAGCAAAAAUAUGCAGGUACAGAACUAGAAGGGGGACCAGAAGGAGAAAGAAACGUUACCAGUGCAGAUGAGCAUGCAUUUAUGACAGUGAGACCAGAAUGGGCACCAUUGAAAGUGGGCAAAGGGCAUCCAGGCAAGGGGGUGCAGGAGCGCUGGGAAGCCCAGUGGCAGGAGUUCUUGAAGACCUUGCAGCCUACUCAUGCAGGAGGGAGAAACCCAUCAGGGAUGCCUGAGUCUGCCCCCUGGGAAGAUGCCAAGGCCUUCCUGGCCUCCUUCGAGCAAGUGGCUAAAGCCUGCCGGUGGCCUAGAGGAGAGUGGGUGGCCCGGCUUCUGCCAGCCCUAAGCGGGAGAGCGGAAGAGUCCUUCAGGAGCCUGGAAGCUGGAGAUCAGGAGGACUAUGGGAAGGUGAAGGCGGCCAUCUUGCGAGGGGAUGCCCUGAGGAUGGAGGCUCAGCGCCAGCACUUCAGGCAAUUCUGCUGUGAGGAGGUGGAGGACCCCCGAAGGGUCUACAGCCAGCUGCAGGAGCUUUGCCACCAGUGGCUGAAGCCGGAGAGACGCAGCAAGGAGCAGAUCCUGGAGCUGCUGAUCCUGGAGCAGUUCCUGGCCAGCCUCCCGCCGGAACUGCAGGGCUGGAUCCGAGCAGGUGGGCCGGAGACGUGUUCCCAGGCGGUGGCCCUGGCGGAGGAGUUCCUGAGGAGCCAGCAAGAGGUGAAGACUGGGGAGUGGCAGGAACCAUUGCAGGAUGUGUGCAUGGGAUCUGUGGAUGCAGAAGAGGUGCUGCCGGACACUGCUCAGGCACAAAUCUACAAAGAUGACAAGCAAAUCGGAGAUGGGGAGAUCAGUCUGCUGGGUAGCAAACUCAAAUGUGCAAGUAAUUCCAGUUUGUUGCUUCCUCCUGAGGGACAGGAAAUGACCGAAGUUGGACUGAAGGAGGGACCACAGAACCCCAAGGAGACAGAUGUGUCUUUGCACAUAUUUGAACAGACUCUGACACAGCCGGGCCAACAGACUAUGUUCUGGCAAGUCCUGCCAGAGGCCGAUGGAAAUGUAUUGUCUUUUGGUGAACAAAAGAGAUUUUGGAUCAAGAUGGAGAAUUCCCAGCUGGGAGAGACUUUGCCAGAAGAAACACAUAGAGAGUUAGCUGGAAAAUUCCAUCAGGAUAUUUCUGCUGUGACAACUGAAAUUCCGGAGGAGAAAUGUAAUUGCCUAGGGCAGCAGGAGAAAAAGCCAGUAAGGAGAGAGAGAAAAUGCAGUGACUUCACAGAAGUACUUGCAAGUGCUGUUAAUAAAACCCCUGCAGUACCCACAGAUGGGGGAACGCCCUUGUUCCCAAAGUGUCAGAGACAAUACAGUUAUAAGUUAGAGAAGCCCUUUGAAUGUCCCACAUUGGGGAGAGGCAUCCAAUCAAUAUGCUGCCCUCGUAAACCUCAGGGAAUACUCACAGGGGAGAAACAAAAUACUCUGCCUGAGUGUGGGGAAAAUGUAUGUCGGAGAGAUGAAUUAAUCGGCCACCAGAAUAGCUGCAUAGAGGAGAAUUCUUAUGAGUGUCCCAAGGAUGGAAAAAGCUUCAGAUGGGAACAGAAACACCCGAACAUUAAUUCAGGAAGGAAACUACAUGAAUGCUCUGUGUGUGGAAAAAUCUUUAUUUAUAGAGCAGAAUUAGCAAGGCAUCAGAGAAUCCAUACCGGAGAGAAGCCAUAUGAAUGUUCUCAGUGUGGGAAAAAGUUCAGACAAAGAGUACACUUAGUUGGUCACCAGAGAAUCCAUACUGGAGAGAAGCCAUUCCAUUGUCCCGAAUGUGGGAAGGGCUUCUCUCGGAGAGAUAAGUUGAUUGGACAUCAGAGGACUCAUAGGCCAUUCCUAAGGCCUGUGUCCCCUGAGGGUGGGAAAGGUUUGGAUCAGAAAUCUGCACUGCUUAAACAUCAGAGCACCCCGUGAAGGGUCCUGAAAAACGUUGUAGUCUGUGGUCUAGAGCAAUGUUUCCUUGAGGGCUACUAAGAAGGGGCUUAGACCCACAACUCUACCCCCUAAUGUUGCCUUUCAGCAGGUUCUUUUGCUACAGAAAGACCAAAAGAAGAGCCAAGCCUCAGAUUGUUCCUCAGAAAUAAAACAAAAAUUGUGACCUAGAAUAUACAAUAAAAUUAGCGUGCGUAGCACAGAGUUACAUAAACAGGCCUGGUUUUUAGCAUCUGUGUUUUCAAAGCAUAGAGAGGAAACAACCAUGAAAACAAUUCUAACUGAAUCAUGUCAAUACAUUCUUUUUUACAUAUAUAAAAAAGAGGUUAAUACUAGCAACUAGAGUCUGAGUGAAAGAAAUGCAACACGCAGGUCAAAAGAGCUUUAUGCAAAAUGUAAAGAUAUUACACACCUCUCCAAGGUGCCUCUGCCAGGAGAAAAGAGCUGCAGGGGGAGUUUGGCAUGUCUGCCCCCUUUGACAGGAGAGAGAAGCACAUCUGCGGAGCCCCCUGCUAUUCCUGUGGGCCGCUCCUUAGGUGGAAAUCUGCCAUGGGCAGUAUUCCCAUCUGUGGCAGCCAGCAUUAGGCCCUGAAGUGUUUCGUUCCUGAUAUGGGGCAGGACAGAAGCAGCUUUGGAUCCACCAGAUCAAGUACACCAUCUAUGCCAAUCUGAAGAUGGCAUAGCUAAUCCUCCCCCCCCCCCUCGAAUCAGAGGUAGCAGUUUUUGGAUUUUGGAAGGAGUGAAUCAUCCACAAAUGUACUCCUCACACCUAUUCCCAGUUAGGAUAGAGCUAAACAUUUCUUUGAAAGCCAGUAGUAAAGAACAGCUAUGUCAGCUUUCACUUAGACUCUAAAGGUUACAUUCAACUUAGCGGUAUGUUCUGCUUGCCUGACAGAACGAUCUCUCUCCUCCCCAUGUGCACUGCUCUGGGGGGGGUCUCCUGACCCUCUGGAGCAGAUUUGGGGGGGAGGAGAGGGGGGAAAGUCCCUUUGCACUAGCAGAGAUCCUGGCACUGACUUCUGAUAGCGCAAUGUGUUAGUUGAAUAGGGCUCAUUGUCUUACAAGCAUUCGCUACAAUUACUCUGAUAUCAAUACACAUAAUGCCUAUUGAAAAUUAAAAAGUUUACCUACAGCAAUGCAAUAGUGAGGAGUGCGUAGCAACACAUGCAAAAGCAGAGACUGAAUAGUUGGAAACAUCUUUGGGAAAAUAAUCAUGUAACUUGGGCUGAAAUCCUAACCCUGCUUAAGCCCUGUUGAAUUCAGUAGGACUUGUUUCUGAGUUGACAUGGUUAGCAAUGCACUGUUAACAGAAAUUAGGGAACAUCCUCACCUAUUUUCCUUUCUGCAACAAAACAUUUAUUUGGCCAGGCAUUUGUGGGAUGUUGAUAAAAUUAACUGUUGCCCAGAAUGAAACUGUUAUAGUAUUGAUAUGUUAUUUGUUU